AUGCUUAACUGGCCCCACAUAGAAUGUACAAUAUAUCAUGCUCUUCAACUUCCUGAUAAAGUUGAUGGACAUAGAGAAUGGUACGUUCCAAAUGAUUUUUUUGUUGAAUCUUUUCAUAUUAGAGAAAGAACUCCGUAUCCUAACAACUCAAUCUUUAUAUUUGGACAGUUUUCAAACAACUUUGACCCUUCUUACGUCUAUCAACGAAAUUCAUGGUUCAAUGGAUCCAUAGCACAUCUUAAAAACGUAAUUGUUACGCCAUGUUCGACACCAAUGGACCAUAAUACGCUAUAUUUAUUUGCCUAUCCCUUUAGAUACGAUUCAAUCUGGGGAAUUCCUAAAGGAAAAGUAAAAUACGAAUACGAAUGUGCCAUAUGUCUUGGGCAUGGAGCUGUCAAGCGAUAUUAUGGACACUUUUUCUUUGAUUUUCUUGACCCACUUGUAAUAUUUCCACAAGAAAUUGUCAAAAAGUCAGUUUUAUUAAAUGUACCGAAUUACACUCACGGAGAUGCUACCAAAUUCCUCAAAGCAUUAGGAAUUGAAGACUGGCAAAUUAAAUAUCACGAUGGAAACUUUUCAUUUGUCCAUGAUUACUAUUGCUGUUACGCUCCAGUUCCUGGUAUAUGGCAUUUAUCAUCUACGAUCGAAAGAGUUUCCAAUGCGUUGAAAAAAUUUUAUAAUACUUCAGAAAUUAAACCGACAAGAUACGUAUUAGCCAAUCGAAAGAAAUAUAGAUACUUUACUAAUUUUAACGCACUAACCAAUGCCGUUAAAAAACAAUUUCCUGAGCAUAAUUGGGAAAUUAUUGAAGACGGAAUAUCAGUAGAAGAGUCAGCAAAGCAGUACAGUACAAUCCUCUUCAUGUAUACUAUUACAGGAUCUAAUUUAUGCCGCCUUUAUUUCAUGAAUGCAGGCGGAUUAGUUGUUGAUGCACAAGGAGACUACAAUGACUAUGCGAUGCAGUCAAUUGCACUUGUUAACAGAUUUAAGAUAGUUGUUUAUAGAAUGAAAGGAGUUAUUCAUGAUAAAACCAAAAAAGUUUAUGUGAACAUUACGGAAGCUAUCCAUUAUAUAGAUUUUGGACUUCAAAAGCUGAAAGAAUGA